CUUCCGAAAAUUUUCUUCAUGAACUUAUUCCUGAAGCGAUCCGAUAACACUUAUGAAUGGCCUGGGUAUGGUGAUAAUAUUCGCAUUUUUGAUUGGAUCAUUCGAAGGCUAACAGCUGAUGAGAAGAACACCGCAGUCAUCACACCGAUUGGUCUUAUUCCCCAGGAAGCUGCCAUGCAACUGGAGCUGAAUACUGCGCGUAGAAUCUACGAGCAUGCUAUGGGUGCGUCGAAUAUUCCGAAGGGGAUCGAUGAAGAAUUUUGUGAAGCAAUGAAGCGACUGUCGAAAGUUGCCUAG